AUGAGACAAAGAAAUGAUAAAGCAUUUAUUGAACUUCUUAACAGAAUAAGAACUGCUAACCAGACAGAUGAUAUAAAGGUAAUCCAAUCAAGAUCAGUAUCCCCAGAUGACCCUAAUUACCCAUCACAUGCACUCCAUAUUUGGGCAGAGAACUCAUCAGUUGACAAACACAAUAAUGAGAAAUUAGAACAACUUGCUGGACCAUUGUUUGUUCUAAAAGCUAAAGAUCAAUUCCCACCAAAUGUGAAGAAACAAGAUAUUGAUAAAGUUCUUGCAAGGAAACGUUCUGAAACAGGUGGACUUGAUUUAGUAAUUCAUGAUCACAUCAAGGAAGGUGCCAGAGUAAUGUUGACAAGCAAUAUUAGCAUUGCAGACAAACUUAUCAAUGGACAAAUGGGAACUGUGUUUAAAGUUGAUGUCAAUCCAACUAACCAGAAACCAACCAUUGUUUACAUUAAAUUUGAUGAUCCAAAUGCUGGUAAAAAUCUUCUUAAGACUACUAGCAACCUGUUGGCAAGAGAACAUCAAGUUGUCCCAAUUAAUUGA